AUAUGGAAAGCUUGCAUGUUGUUUGUUGUGUAUAUAAGGAUACAAAUACAUCAUUAAAGAGCCGUCGUGGUUGAGAUUUAGCUAGGCUGGCAAUAGGGGCAAUGGCCAUCCUCUGCUUCAACUCCAAGGCUCUUCUCCUUCUUCUUCUUUCUCUAACAGAUUUAUUUGCCAGCACACUCAGCCUUGGAAUUGGAAUUAACUAUGGCCAAAUUGCCAAUAAUCUACCAACACCAUCACGAGUCUCGACUCUCCUCAGAUCCCUCAACGUUACGAGAGUAAAACUCUACGACGCUGAUCCAAACGUGUUAACAGCAUUCGCGAAUACAAAUGUCGAAUUUGUUAUUGGACUUGGGAAUGAGAACUUACAAAGAAUGAGUGAUCCUCAACAAGCUCAAUCUUGGAUUCAACAACAUGUUCAACCUUAUCAUACUCAGACUAAAAUCACUUGUAUUACUGUUGGUAACGAGGUCUUAACGGGUGAUGAUAUGCAGCUAAAGUCUUACCUCCUCCCGGCAAUGCAAGGCGUUUAUAAGGCUCUUGUUAAUCUCGGCCUUAGUAAUGAUAUAUAUGUGGCACAUCCACACUCUGCUGGGAUCUUGGAAAAUUCUUUUCCGCCUUCCUCGGGUUCAUUUAAACAAGAUCUUAGUGAGUACAUUCGUGGCAUGCUCAAUUUCCAUGCCCAAACCAAGUCACCGUUCCUUAUAAAUGUCUAUCCGUUUUUUGCAUACAAAGACAACCCCAACGAAGUUCCACUUGAUUAUGUACUUUUCCGACCUAACCAGGGUACAAUCGAUCCAGCCACGAAUUUAAAAUACGACAACAUGUUGUAUGCACAAAUUGAUGCAGUUUAUUCGGCAAUUAAGGCAAUGGGCUAUUCAGACAUUCCAGUUAAGGUGUCCGAAACUGGCUGGCCAUCGAAGGGCGAUCAGAAUGAAUUUGGAGCAACACGUGAAAACGCUGCAUUAUAUAAUGGAAAUUUGUUUCAGCGUAUGCAGGAAAAUCAAGGGACUCCAGCUAACCCAUCGGAGCCUAUCGAUGUUUACGUGUUUGCACUUUUUAACGAAAAUUUAAAGCCUGGUCCUGGAUCAGAGAGGAAUUAUGGCCUCUACUACCCUGAUGGAACUGCAGUUUAUAAUAUCGGGUUACAACAAGGAUUUCUUCCACGUAUGGAUUAUUCAGCUGCCACGAAAAACGUCUUGUCUAGCUCUGCUUUUCUUCUGCUGAUUCUGCUUUUCGUGAUACUCUUCUGAACGUUGUUCGAUAGACAAACUAUUGGAGAUACUAGGAGAUUAGAGAUGAUUCAAUUUUUUCAAGAACUAUUGCUGAUAGAUAGGUAUUACUACAAGGUAACAAAACUUUAUACCGCGAUUUUCUUCGUACUUAUGCUUUCAUUAUUCCGUGAAUUUUCUUGGAUCAGUGAGAUUUUGUUAGGGGCGUUUUCCUGCAAAACUUCAGUACCUAAGGAUUGGAUAAUCAACAUGCACCAAGGUUUCUUUAGAUUAGGCCAUUAGUUUUCAAAGUAUUUGAUCCUCAUUUUCCUUUGUCUUUAGUAAGCCUAGUUCUUUUUGAAAUCUAGGUUGCUUGGACUUUCUAAAAAUGCUACCGUACUCGUGUCGGAUCCUUCAAAAAUGCAUUACUUUUGGAGGAUCCAAUACGCACCUGGUGACUUUUUUGAAGGGUCGGAGCAACAUAGCCUCAUAAAUAUGUAUUAUAGGUGAUUUUUCUUUAAUUUGUACUUUGUAAGUUAAUCCCACUUUAUGCAAGUUCUAAUGUAUUCUUGGGAUUUUAAUAUUCCAGAAACAGUCAACUGCUGAUCACCUACUUUCUAGGA